AUGCCUGCGCCUCCUGUUCCUGUUCUCUUGAUAUCUGAGGACAGGGAGGAUGCGAUCGGGCGGGUGUUGGCGGCUACGUACCCCUCCGGUGCGCUGUUGGGUGACAACUCGGUCAUCCGUCCAUCUCCACCGGAUGCCUUGCACAGGUACCGCAGUCUGGUAAACCAGAUUCAUCCAGAACGCUGCGUGGAUCCACGGGCCGAGCAGGCCUUCGUGCGUGCGUCCCAAGCUUUUGAUGUGCUGUGCGAGAUGGAUUCCGAGCCUGACAACUCACCCGAUUCCGCCGCAUGGGAGGCAUGUAUCUCGCAACCAGCAAACAUGGCAUCCUGCAGUGGGAGAUGGUGGGGAGUGAGUACUGUGGCAGAUCUGGAUCGCUGCUUGGAGUUUCGCUCUGUUGCCAUGGAUAUUCUGUUUAAGCUGACAGCUCGUGCCGAUGAAACUCGCAUCCGUCUUCUUGAGAAGCUGAUCCGAGACGGUGAGAAGAUCUGUGAGCAUCUGGAUAGGCAGCAACAAAUUCCGCGCCAUCGCCUGUGGCCUGUCAAAGCUCGUGCGAAGUAUCAAGGAGCCAAUGCCGCUGUGUUGCGCUAUUUGGACGUGUUGUGCCACCUGCGCAGUGUACACUGCUUUUGUCAACUUCGCAACCGGCACUUUCACCACUCGGUCGAGCUUCUUGCAGCUUCGCCCUUGGCUGACAUGGAGGGCCUACUAGCAAAAGCCUUGGCUCCAGAGGCUGUGCGUGAACCUGAGCCGAUGUUGCAUGUCAAGCGCAUGGCUGACGAGGCAGGAUUGGAUCCACUCGACGAGUACAUGGCAGCAAUAGACAUUGCUGCCAAGGAAGCCAUUUGUGCCGCAGUCCCGCAAAAUCUUCCAGACACAGGAAAGGCAGAAACUAGGUUGUGCCAAGAAGCUUCAAAAGAAACGCAGUCGUUUGCGGAGCGGCCGAAUGGGCCAAGUGAGACCCUUCAUCGAACUGCAGAAGCAGCCGGAGCCGAAGAGCGAGUCGCUGAGUCUGCAGGGAAAGCAGCUGCGGAGAAGGCCGAUGCUGGGGCUUGA